AUGCCAUCAACGACAGCAGAUUCAUAUAUAACAAACCCAGGAGCCAUUAAUCUUAAUGUGCGCAUUAUCUGUCCUGAUUGUAAGGAAGAUCCUCCGAAUUUAGUUGAAGAGUUUUCCUCAGGCGAUACUGUGUGUGGUUCCUGCGGACUAGUUGUAGGGGACAGGAUUGUGGAUACACGGUCUGAAUGGAGGACGUUUGCUAAUGAUGAGGGCGGUGACAAUCAGUCCAGAGUAGGUUCAUCUGCAAACCCAUUAUUAAACGGUUCUCAGUUAGAUACAAUUAUAUCUACACAAGAUGGUGGUCAUGGUCUUUCAAAGACACAAGGGAGGUCUGUAGUUCAGAAGGGUGAGAGGAAUCUAAUGUCUGCGUAUCGGGAAAUCAGUGCAAUGUGUGACGCUAUACACUUGCCGAAAUCUAUUUCAGACAUUGCUAAGCAAGUCUUUAAGCGAGUAGACGAUAGCAAGGCAUUGAAGGGAAGAAGCAAUGAGUCUAUUAUAUCUGCGUGUAUCUUUAUUGCCUGUCGCCAGGGAAAAGCACCAAGAACGUUUAAAGAAAUUUGUACUUUAACUAAUGUUCCUAAGAAAGAGAUAGGGCGCGUUUUUAAGAGUCUUCAAAAGAUGUUGACAGAUAACAACAUUCUCGAUAAUACAGGGAAAACAGACGAUUCAUAUGUACCUUCUUCUACAUCCCCAAAAGAUCUUAUGGUUCGUUUUUGCAACAGAUUGUCACUUCCUACAUCCGUUCAGAUUGCAGCAUCUGAAUUAGCGAGUCGUGCAAGUGUUGAAGGGACACUUGCAGGGCGCUCACCUAUCUCUAUUGCUGCUAGUGGUAUUUACAUGGCGUCAUAUUUAUUUCAACAUCCCAAGCUUCCAAGGGAAAUAGCGGAAGUAGUAGGAGUGAGUGACUCUACCAUCAGAAAUGCAUAUAGAUCUUUAUAUGUAGAGCGUGAAAAAUUAAUUGAUCCAAAAUGGCUCAAUGGCAGAUCUAUGGAUAUGAUACUUCCAAGACCUUAA